CCGCUCUGGCAGAAUAUCAUUCCACUACAUCAUCAGCAUCUCAUCAGUCCACUCGUUGUCCUUCGCUACAGACCUCGAUAUAUUCCACCAUCUCCUUUCGUCUGUAUAGCUUUUCUUAGUCUUCACCACAGAACAACCCUCAAAAUGCGCUCCGUCUUCUCCAUGGCUGCCGUCGCCGGCAUGGCCCUCACGUCCUUCGUCUCCGCUGCGCCCAUCGAGUCGAGAGACUCUCCCGCCUUUCCCCUCUCAGACGGCUUCCCCAAUCCUUCCGGAGCCCAGAUCUUGCAAAUCCAACAGCGAGCCGGAGGCACCCUCCCGAACGGCAAAGGCGCGCCCCCGGUCAGCGAGGACGGCCUCAUCAGCUUGCGUUUGAUCGCCCUGAACGAGCUCUUCGAGGUCGCCUUCUUCACUGAACUCUAUCAAAACCUGACCACCAAGGUCCCCGGAUACGACCUCGGCAACGGCCACCAAUUCAUUCUCGAUGCCAUAGAAGCCGUUGUUGCACAAGAAGAACUCCACGCCCUGAACGCCAACGGCGGCCUGAAAGCCAACGGCGCCGAGCCCAUCCUGCCCUGCAAAUACAGCUUCCCCGUCUCCAACUUCAAAGACGCCAUCGCGCUCGCCGCCACCUUCACCGACGUCGUGCUCGGCACGCUGCAAGACGUGCAGUUCAAGUUCGCCGCCUCGGGCGACAUCAACAACGUGCGCGGCAUCGGCUCCGUCGUUGGCCAGGAAGGCGAGCAGGAAGGCUUCUACCGCCUGCUCCAGAGCAAGAAGCCCUCGGCGCUCCCCUUCCUGACCACAUCCGUCCGCGACUUCGCCUUCACCGCCAUCCAGGGCUUCACUGUGCCCGGUAGCUGCCCGAACAUCGACACCAUCAAGCUCACCACCUUCCAGCCCCUCACCGUCCUCACGACGCUGUCGGCCCAGUCCACGACGGCCGAGUUCUCCUUCGACAAGACCAAGGCUGGCACCGACGACUACUCCACGCUUAGCUUGGUGUACAUCAACCAGCAGAACGUGCCGAUUGUGGAGAAGCUCACCGUCGUUGGGACCUACGGCAACACCGUCAAAGUGACCGCGUACUUCCCGUACUCCGAAUUCGAGCUGAACGGGCUUACCAUUGCGGCGAUUGCGAAGGGCAACAGCUUUGCGAAUGCGGACGAGGUGGCUAAGGCUGCGAUUUUCGGGCCUGGCUUGAUUGAGAUCAACUAAGGGGUUGUAUUGAGUGAUUGGUUGAUUGUAAUUAUUGUGGAAGGUUAACAUUGCUUGAUUUUGGCAUAGCAUUGGCGUUUUUUUGGGGGGGGGGAUUUGGGAUUAGGAGAUAUCCUCCUACUUGUUGGGGUAGAUUAGUAUGUAACUUCUAAACACUCGGUGUGCUGUC